AUGUGGGGCGGUGACAUGCGCGAGGGGAAAACAUCGAAUAUCGAACUCGAUGUGAUCUACAAAGCGUACCUCCCUAAGAAACGGAUCGUUCCGUCGGACACGAUGGUGCACCUUGAUUGGAAACGCGCGCAGCAACUCAAGGCAAAGGUGCACCGUCACGGCGUGGUGUAUUUCCCCAUCUUCAUUAUGAAGCACUGGAUCGCAGGGCUUUUGGAGAAAGGAACGCGGGACUCAGCAGAAAUACAGCUGAGAAUCCUCGACUCCGCACCUUCUCCCAUAGUGGAAGAAAAACUGCGUAAGCACUUUCAUAUGGUCUGGCCAGCUUUGCGUUUGGUGAAUGAAUUUUCACCACGUCAGGAACGCUAUAGCGACGACUGCGGUUUGUACAUGUCUGCCGUAUUUUUCGGCGCUCAUCUGGACAUACAAAUCGACCAUAGCCACGACAUGGCAAAGUGCAUGCGGCGCCUGCUGUACGCGGCGUCGAAACACCACCCGCCACGCGAAUAUUUCCUCGAGAAAAUGAGGAAAAUUCUGACAAACCGCCCGGUGUCACGGAAAGAUUUCUUUUACAACGAAAUCGAGCACAAGCCGUGGUUGAAGAAAACCACGGUGAACCGUGAGGACACUUUUCACUUGGGUGGUGGCGAAAGGCGCGCAACGAAAUCCACGAACCCGAAACGGGAUUCCAGGCGCGCAAACCAGCCGAAAGCACGUGCUCCAAAGCCACCUCCUCGGCAAAAGAAAAGGGAGGAAACGGUGCGCACAAAGAUGGACCGGGCUGAGCGCACAAAGCGCAAGCCACAGACGCCUGUACCCGCGUCAAAAGCACCUUCCCGUAAACGUCCGGAGAGAUCCGCAAUGGAUGCCCCACUCCCACGGCGAAAGGCCGCGAGGAAAAGUGACAGGAGAACACCCGCGAGUUCCUCAGGUAGAUCCGCAACAGGUAGGAAUGGAAACAAAACACGCUCUCUAAACUCGAGCGAAUUUCCAUCCGAGGAUGAGGAUCUGCCGGUGAUCGACCUCCCGUGGAGGAAGAAAAACUCCGUCACACGUACGCCUGAGCAUGCGCCAAACGACGCCACGGUGAGCUCAGAAGGCAUUAUCCCGACGAACGUGUCACCACACGUUCAGCAUGGGAAAUGCAUUUCUGAGUGGACAGAAAUCACCCUCGCGGAGGCGAACAAACAUGCCAGAAAGGUGUACGAAGCAGUCCUGGAUCACCUGUGGGCUGCGACGGCUCUGGCGCGAGUCGGCGAUGGUGUGGCACACGGUCUGACCGACACAGCGGUGGGACAGCAACGCGUGAGGCACAAGCUGACACCACUGCAGCCUUACAGCGUCCAAGAGAUGCUGAAGCUUCUCCGAAAAAACAUCCACAUGGUCGAUGCCUCGCCGACCGACCCGAAUGGGGUGACCUUUCGAGAAGAAAACCGAAGCGAGGAGGUGACCCUCGACUCCUCAAUCGACGAACUGUACCUUGUCCGUGGACCGUCGUUACCGACAUUAUACGACGUGAUUAAAGGAUACAGGUUUCUGCUUGGCGCAUGUCUCCGUGAGGCGCCGGAAGAUAUGAAUGGCGUGCGCUAUCCGAGUCAUUACGUUCUCACAAAGGACGCCUCGGAGGCAACGGUGGGAGUCUACGUUCCAGCGACGUGGACGCACUACCAAUCGUCGAAGAGACAGCGUGCCCCACGUCACGCGUUACGAUACAUUCCUCUUCCGCGAAGUGCGGCAUCAGAGGCACACCAGGAUCCGUCCGAUAGUCAACGGCCGCGCCUGGUGAAGAGAAAAAGAUGGCCAGGCGACGGCGCCGGAAGGGACCCGCUCCAAGAGGACGAGGAGGACGGCGCGACGUACAGGACUCCAGGAAACCAGAAAGGUGAUGGAUAUGCGGACGUCGACGCGAACAUCUCGACAGAGGCAAUGCGCGCUCUCGAAAGCCUCCGCUCCAAUCCUUUAAACAUGCAGGGCAGGCCUCUUUCGCAAAAAGAAGAGGCAGAGGUCUGCCCGAGAAACUGGUUCCUCUUCGCCGCGAAACCGCCACACAUCUCACAGCUGGCAUGGAGUCUUGUGCGGCCCGACACUCGCGCACACCACUUGCGAUGGUUGACGCGAAUCAAGUCGAUGAACUCGGAACAGAUGCUCAUGCGCUUUCCGGCGGCAUGCAUCGACUUGAUUCUGUCGACCGCAAGGGCCCGCAAAUGGAAGUGGGCAACCACCGCGAAGGCCUUUGCCGCGGUGGCGGGUGCGCUGCGAGACCUGCCGCUCUACUCGACGCAGGCGCGGGGUAUUCGCCUUCAGGACGAUCCCGAGUGGCGAAGCGCUUUUGGCACGGUGCAGCGCUACAUGAAGGAGUCGGUGCCGGAUGCGCCUCCCUUCGUUUCGCGUCAACAGGUCGAGAGGAUCUCCAAACGGCUCCGGUUAGGCCAUCCACGCGCCGCGCUGUUCCUCGCCAUGAUGUGGGGAUUCGCAGCGCGAGCGUGCGACAUUUCCACGCUGCGAGCGAAGGACGUGACGCUUUUCCCGGGAACAUCGACGGAUACAUACGUGAAGGUCACGCUGACGAUCCGCAAGGGAAAGGGUGCCAAAACACGUGGCCCGUACCCGGUCCCGUCGAUGCUGACGAGGGACCUCGCAGCGACACUGCAGGAGAUGCUGGUCCAGAAGAAACCAUCCGAGGAGCUCUUUGCACCACACGGAGGAGCUGCGGGCACUGAUCGCCCAGGAGGUGCGAACAGAGAUGCGAGGUGCACAGCUGCCCUCGAUCCGGAAAGGCGCGCUCCGUUGUAUGGCGGAAGCGGGUGUCCCGUUGAAGGACCUGAUGAUGAUUUCCGGGCACGCGAAGCAGGCCACGCUGCUGCGCUAUCUUGGGUAUGGCCAGCAGCCUACGGUGGAGGCCGAGACCGCAAGGGACAACGCCGGAAGAGCGCUAUUCCAGACCCUCUAGAGGCGGCGGCAUCCGUGUUCCGUUUCCGAUCGCAAGAGUCAUCGUGUGCGAAUCUCGGAAUCGCACCACAGGAGGUGGCGGCCAUGGUGGACCAGAUGUCCGGUUUCAUCCAAGUGCUGACGGAGCGACCGGCACUCGUGAAGCAGUGGCCGCUGCACCUGAAACGGAACACACCACUGGACAUGGAUACCGUGCUCGCGAUGCCGACAAAACGCGCCUCAACGAAGCGGUUUCUCCAGCGAAUCCAGUGCUUUCUGGAUCCCUCCUUCUACGAUGGGUUGCGGACGUCGAGGACCAUCAAAAAGUGCGUGCUCACAACGGCGGAGAUCCAACAGGCGGUCGAGAUGGGCAAGUUCGAACCGUGCCCGAUCAGCGACAUCGGCGCCCAGGUGCAAUUGCCAGAGGGCAUGCACGGCGUGAACGUCUUCACGGUGCCGGAGCUGAAGGGACGACGACGCCUCAUCACGGAGCCCCUGCUGAACCGCGUGAUUCCCAAACAUCACGUCCCGCGCGUCCACUACGACACGCGCCUCGGAAGACGACAGCGGCUGCGAUACGCCCGUUACAUGCUACAGAUCGACUUCGAAGCUUAUUACGACGCUAUCCCGAUCGCGGCGACACUCCGUAACAAGUUCGUUUUUCGAGCCAGGCAUGACGGGCGAUACUACCGUCUUCGUACUCUCCCGACCGGUGCGCGGUGGAGCGUUGCCGUCGGCCAGGCGGUGACGUGGACGAUUGUGGACAUCGACACGCCCGUCACCAUCACCACGCUCAUCGACAACAUUCUCGUGGCCGCACGCGAAGGUCAGGAGCGUGAGUUUGUGCUCGCGGUGCGCACGAUCGUCGCACGCAUCAAGGCGGCGAACCUGAUGACGUCACCCAACCGGGACGAGCUGGAGGCGAUGUCGGACGAGGAAACCCUGCAGCUGGCGAGUGCCAACACCGUUUUCCUCGGCGAGGAAUACACAUGGAAUGGCCGUGAGCGUCUGAUCCGCAACUCGGUGAAGACGGUGGCGAAGCUGAAGCUUGCGCUCCAAAAGACCAGCCACACCAUACGCAGUCUGGCCUCGCUGAUCUCGCUGAUCUUCUUCGCGCUCCACACCACGCAAAUGAACCCCGCACGGGCAUUCAAGCUGCUGAGAGCCUACCGAGGCAUAUACCGGCUGACGUUCCGCGGGUACGACUGGGAUGACGCGGUGCCGUACAUCGACUCCUCCGUGGCGCGAUCGCUGCAGGAGAUCGGCGGCGCACUGGUGCAGAAUCCGUGGUGGAAAAUCUCGGACGAGAGACACCCAACGACGGAUGAAGCGACCUAUGACGCGGUGGCCUUCACCGACGCGUCGCUGGAGGGCUGGGGUGCUGUGCUUCACCUCCGCGACGCGGGCGCCACAGAAAUGUGGACCUAUCGGCAGCGCUGGACCGAGGACCUGGAACGGCAACUCGGCGGCGACGACGGCGAGGCGGAACGCGUCCUCGAAAAACUGCGCCAGUACCAGCUGCGUCGCCGCGUCCGGUCGGGUGGCCGGUUCGAGGACCCAGACCUGCAGGCGGACCGCUUCCAGGCGCGGUACUCGGCACACGCGGAACCACGCGCGGCUCAACUAAUGCUGCGACACCUGGUGGAGCACCACAGGGUGCCCAACGGAGCGCGAAUCGCGCUUGCCACGGACCACCGUGCGAUUGUCAUUGCGCAGAAACACCUGAACGGUUUCGGCGGCAUUGGCAGAGGCUACGCCUUGAACAAACUUUUCGAGUACACCUACGACCUCUGGUACAACAGAGGGAUCGACGUAGUCUUUUUCUACGUCGAGGGUGCGCGGAAUCCGGCGGACGCCUACUCGCGACACUUCGGGGUGGACGCGACAGGGUCGCUGGAGGUUCACCGGGUUGAACCGUUUGGCGUGCCGUUCCUCCGGCACAUGUGGUGUCCGCUAUGUGAAGAGCGGCGCCGCGAGGAGGGCGGCGAGAUAUGA